AUUGUGGUGGCGCUGAUGAUGGCGCUGCUAUAUGAUUCUUUCUUUACGUUCUUGGCGGUCGUACUUUGCGUUGUGCUAAGCGAAGUACAAACUUUUAUAUCCUUUGUGAUAUAAAGGAUCCGUUAAAUUUUUUAUUAAAACGAUGGUUCAAAAAAAGCCGAAGAAGAAAGUUGGAAAGAAAGUGGCAGCUGCACCACUUGCAGUUAAGAAGGUUGAACCUAAAAAACAAACCAAUCCUUUAUUUGAGAAACGUACUCGUAAUUUCGGUAUUGGACAGGAUAUUCAACCUGCACGUGAUCUUAGUCGCUUUGUGAAAUGGCCCAAAUACAUUCGUAUUCAAAGACAAAGGGCAGUAUUACAGAAAAGGUUAAAAGUCCCACCUCCAAUCAAUCAAUUCACACAAACAUUAGAUAAACAAACAGCAACACAAUUAUUUAAAAUGUUAGAAAAGUACAGACCUGAAUCUGCUGCUAUGAAAAAAAUGAGACUAAAAGCUAGAGCUGAACAAAAAGUUGCAAAGAAAGAAGAUACACCAACAAAAAAACCUAAUGUAUUACGUAGUGGAACAAAUACAGUAACUACACUUGUUGAACAAAAGAAAGCUCAACUUGUAGUAAUUGCUCAUGAUGUUGAUCCAAUCGAGAUUGUUUUAUUUUUGCCAGCUCUUUGUCGUAAAAUGGGUGUACCUUAUUGCAUUAUAAAAGGUAAAUCACGAUUGGGACGUCUUGUUAGGCGUAAAACUUGUACUGCUGUAGCUUUAGUACAGGUGGAUUCUGGCGAUAGAGCAAACUUUGCAAAACUUGUUGAGGCUAUUAAGACAAACUUCAAUGAUAGAUACGAUGAAAUCCGACGUCAUUGGGGUGGUGGUCUCUUAGGCAGCAAAUCUGCUGCUAGAAUAGCAAAGUUGGAAAAAGCUAAAGCAAAGGAACUUGCACAGAAACAGGGUUAACAUCUACCUGUUUAUUGAAUACUAUUUACUAUGUAUAAUAAUAAAAUAAAAAACCGAGGUUUUUGUUGUUUUA